UUGGAACGCAUGGAACAGUUCCAAACACGACCACCUUCACGAUGCUCGAAGGCAACAAAUACGUGAAGUUCGUCGAGGUCCCUUUGCGCGAGACGUCGCCACCGAAAUGGAAAGAGCUCACCAUCAACACGGGUGCGGCUCAGAGUACGCUCGAAGACAUCAAGCUCACCGAGCGCGCCGGAGGCUACGCUUACCAAGAAGACCCGGCGUCCGGCAUAGCGACGCGCAACCGAUUCAUCUACUGGAAGACCAACCACAACGUUUUGGAGCUGACCGAGGAGUCGCUGGACGUGGAUCUCAUCGGGAACAGGCUGCGUCUGCGCUUCCAGCACACGCCGCUGCUGGAAGGCGUGUCCGUCUUCGAGACCCGAAGCAACCUGGUCGUUCUCGCCGCGACCAUAGCGAGUGUGCACCGGCUCUCCUUUCCGCACCCUCGUUUGCUGAAUCCGAACAUCGGGUCCGCCUCUCCGUACAGCAUGCGAUCCGUCUUCUUCGACACGUCGGCUACGCUGCUUAGAGACUACCACGUACUGAACCACGCCGGUCUCGGUACCACACUGUCACACAACUCGUGCAGCUGGCUGGGAGCCAAUGGCGAAGCCAUCUUCGUGCUCGGUACUAACACUUCCACGCUCUUCGUGGUGUCCAUCGACCCGCAGGAUGCGGGCGGCAAGGUGUCCACCAUGGAGAUUCGAAAGAGCGCCAGCGUGACUCGCUUUCUGAGCGGCAUCCUUCCGGCGUCGAUGCGAGGAGACGAGGCGUCCCUAAGUCUCGUGUGCCACCAGGCGGACGACGACAUCUUCAUCUUCGCCCUGUCCAGGGACCUGCGCAUCCGGCAGUGGUCGUACAGGAGCCAAGACUUGCUCUCCGUGUGUUCCGUGCUGGACCACUGGCCGGCGUCCAAGUCCACGUCGUCGGGACUCGGCGGCCGCCAGUCGUGUAUGGUGAAGGCGACCGACAGCUCGUCGUCGGGCGUAGACGUCUACCUCGGCGUCUACGCAUGCUUUCCGGAGGGCAACCAGUUCUUCGUCUUCCAGCCGAUCCAGCCUCAGGGCGGCGGCUACAAGUUGGUUCUCCUGGCGAGCGUCCGGGCCCCGGAGAACGACCUCGUCGACUUUUGUCUCAUGGGUUCGACUCUCUGGACCCUGUGGGUCCAGGAAAACGACGAGCCGCUCGUCUGCACCGUGUGCAUCGACGCGCUCGACAGCCCCAGCGGCAAAUGGGCCGGCGUCCACCUGCAGCCCAGUGUCCCGCCAGAGAAGGACUACGUGCCUGCCCCACUGGACCCGCGAGAACACUACCUCGAGAAAAUCAUUGGACGAAGUGUCUACUCCUUCAACACCCUUUGGAAAGUAUUGGGGACGUACGCCCGGCGUGGAGAGCACUCUGCUGAUCACGGCGGCCGUAGUCUAAAAGAGGAAAUCAUGAUCACCAUUGAAGCGGAAAUUCGUGCCGGCAUUGCGGAGCUUGAGCUUGGCGACCAAGACUACGUGAGCCUGGCCUCGCAUCAUUGGGGAAAAUUUGAUUACGCCUGCACGGAAUAUCACGCCGUGGGCCUGAAACCACUCGGUUUGUUUGUGGACCCAAACACGGGGAUGGCAGCCCUCAUUCGACGUGACCACGUGUCCUUGCUGAGGCCAUGCGAGUGGCAAGAAAGCUGUAUGCUCUCUGAAGUACUUCCACCAUGGUGCAGUGAAGUGGCAGAUGAAGGUGUUCAAAUUCUUGCGUCCUGCCUCAAGAUGAUCGAUUCAUGUUUGACUCAGGAGGUGUUGGCCGAGUUUUCACAAGGCCUGCAUUUCGUGGAGGACAUUCAGGGCCUGAUUGACAGGGUCGUUUUCCACCUUUUGAGCCCGGAGUACAGCAUCGUAGUGAAAAAAAUCAUUGACACCGUUCACACUAACUUGCCAUCACUGAAGAAUCUUAUCGAUUCCAUGAACCUUUCACAAGUGAGCCCAUGCACAAGACUGCAAGGUCUCCACUCCAAUGCGUGGCAGUCUUUGUUUGGGAGCGCAACUGGUUGCAGUUUCAUUGCCGGGUGUCUGCAACAAGUGAUGCAGUUUCGUUUUACGUUCUGCCGAAAUCUGCUGGUGCUGCAGGGUCUUAUAGUUGCUGCUGGACAGAACAGGGGUGCUUUGGACCGUCAACUAAGCCUAAUCGGGCGAAAGCUCAUUCCCGAGACGCAGAGACUUGUGCAGGCGUACUACGCAGCCCUGUGGGUCACAGAAUCCGAAGGCAGCCCUCUGUCGAAUCCCCUCGAAGGUGGCAUCAAAGGGAUGUCCAUAAGCAGCGGCGCCGACGGUUUUGGCGUCAUCAGCCAGAAUGCAGAACAGUGCGGCCUUGUCUGGAUCUUCCUGAGGAAUGGAGGUGGAGAGGCGGUGAGGCGACAACUCUGCGAAAAGGGCCCACCUGAGGCAAGCCAAAUCUGGGCGCCCAUCCUUCCGUCGUUCAUAUCCACAGCCGCAGAGCUUAUCUGGCCUCUUUCGGAUAACUGUGUUUUCCUGAGGUCCUUGCUAGAGCUCUCUCAGCACCUCCAGUUGCAGGAGUAUGUCCGGCUGUUGACAGACUGGUGCGACAACAAUCGGGAGACUAGAAUGUACCUCCUAGCCACCAGCUUUCUAGUGUGUCAUGAGUUCCACAAGGCUUGCAUGCUCUACCAGAAGCUGGCAAAUGAGCACGUCCCCACAGAACCUUACAUAAUGCAGCAGAUUCAGAGAGUGGGAAGCAGUGAUCCACCAUCCGAACAAUCCCUGCUGCCCCUGUACUAUCGGCAAGUGAUCAAGGCAUUCACAGAUGCCCCCGAAUGUGUAAUCACUCUGGCAGAAGCAGCUCUGAAGUGCACGCCCAAGGAUGACUCCCACGUCCCUGGGUUGUGGUCACUGCUGUUUAAGCACCAACUGCAGCUGGGUCACAUCACUGAAGCUUAUCAUGCCAUGAUACAAAAUCCCCUCGCUGAUGACCGCAACAAUUGCCUGCAACAGUUAGUCAUUGUAUUGUGUGAAAGGGGUCAGCUUUCGACAUUAGUCAACUUCCCAUUCAAAGGCGUUGAAAGCGACGUCAUCCGCAUCCUGGAAGCACGUGCAAGAGCAACUGAUGUUCUGGAACGGCAUUACUACGAUGUUCUGUAUUGCAUGCACAUCAAUGCAAAGAAGUAUCGAAGAGCUGCGUCGGCAAUGUACGAGCACGCCUUCCGGCUUCAGCAGGAAGCUGGCACGCUGGAAGCCCUCAAGCGGCAAGAACUGUGCCUCCUUGCUGCCAUCAACUGCUUGCUGCUUGUGAAGCCUGAAGAUGCCUGGGUCGCCAUGCCACUACCCGUUGGCAGGGCAGCAGAUCGGUCGCCAAAGCGCGACAGCAUGGGCGAAGAGAUUCCACAUGCACCGACCAGGAAAGUAGAGGUGAUCCAAGUUGAAGACAUCCGGCGUAAGUUGAGUCUGGUGCGUGCGUGGCUUCUGCUCAGCAGCUCUAGCAGAGAUCCCAUAACGUUGCCGCUCUCUCCCGACGAAACUGUUCUUCUUCUGGUGGGCUCCGGCCACUUCAACAUUGCCAUUCACAUUUGCAAGCAGUUUUCUAUGAACCUCGAUCCCGUGUUUGAGGGAGUCGUCCAGCAGUGUAUAAAAAGCUCGCCCGUGCAAACGAUGCAGAGUGCUAGGGCCAUCAAUCCGCAGUGGAUCAUCGAAAAUCCGAAGGCAGUGCUAGACAUUCCUGGACAGGCGUGGCUCCUCCUUCGACACUACCUGGAGCAGUACGAAAAAGAGCCAGGAACGACUCGUUACCACCGCCUCGUUGCGAGCAAGCUUUUGUGCAACGGCUUCUUGCUUCCACCUUGGCUGACUGAAUCCUACAAGGAGCGCGACGCUCCGGAACUCUUGCGGCUUCUGAUGGUGUAUUCGCGCUUGGAAGAGGCGACAGACAUAUCGAUCGAGUACGUCGAUGCUGUGCUGGGAAAAGGAAAAGAAUACUUUGGCUUGACCUCGGCACUGCAUGCCAGCUCCCCUCCUGUCUGGUUGCCCCACACAACUUUCGACCGCCUCCUCGUGGCACUGAAGAGCUCGGCCAACACGGAAAGCCAAUAUCAGAAACUGAACCAGAAGUUGAAGGACUACUUUAAGACUCUCGAACGGGUGUCUCUUGCCAUGCGAAGAUGAAUGUUCUGUGAACGUGCGCUUUUUCUAGCAUUCUGUGAAAUAAUUCCGUUUAAUAUUCUCAUGUAAUAAACAAUUGCGUUUUUUUUU